AUGGCCCUUCAACGUCGAGACCUACUCUUAGCCGGUAUCGGUGGAUUUAUUGCCUGGGGUCUGGUCGUACGCUGGCUACCGAUUCUCCGUUAUCUGGGAUGGGCACUAGCACUAGGGGCUACACUGUCUUUAGCCAGCUUUCUGGCUCUGGUGCUUUUGACGACGCGAAACCAAAGCGAACCCUCCCACACCCUGAAAGAGGUCUCUGUCGCAUUUAUCAAACCCAAUAACUGGCGCAAAGAGCUUUUUAAUGCGCGGAAGACCACACGAUACCGACCGCGACCCCUCUAUCCAGAGUCUUUCGUGGUGUCUGAGGGAAUUGACGAACUGCUAUCUCUUGUGACUCGGGAUUUUGUCUCAUCCUGGUACCAAAAUAUUAGCCCAAGCCCUAUAUUUGCAAAUGAAGUCGAUAAAAUCAUUCGCGUUGCCCUGGAGAAUUUCCGAGAUAGAUUACUCGCAGAGGACCUGAUUUCACUGAUCGUGUCCCGCAUAUUUCCAAUUUUAACCUCCCACCUCAAAGAGUUCGAUAUUGCCGAGCGCUCUGUUCGUGGACGCAACCUCAGUCGAAACGUGACGGAGUCUGAGGAGCUGGACUUAGCGAUUGCCAAUAAGUUCCGCGAGGGCCGCCUGCAUCCGGCAGUCGGUCUAUCCUCGGUCGACCAGAAAACCCUCCAACAAGAGUAUCUCCGGAAGAUUACCGUGGGGUUUCUUCCUCAGCUGUUCCCGGAGAGUGCGCUUAAGAGCAGGGCCGUUUCUGUUUUGAUUCGUGAAAUCAUAUCAUGUGCAGUCCUUCUUCCAGCCGUGACGGCGUUGUCUGAUCCUGACACGUGGAAUCAGCUGAUGGAGGCCUAUGGACGCUCGGCUUUGCAAGAUCGGAAAACCGUGCGCAAACUACGGGCUGCGCUCGAUGAGCAUGCUUCCCCUGCCCCCAAGUCGAAACGGGGGCAACCCUUCCCCAAACUUUCGGCAAAUGACUCUGAAAGAGCCUUUGAGCGCUUUGUUCGAGCUAUACGACAUUGCAAUAAUCUAUCUGAUGCCCGUCGGUUUCGAGCGCUAGUUUCUAGCCAAUUAAAGAGAGAGAGCAUGGUGGAUGGACAAGAUCAGGUCUACCUCAGACGCCUAGAAACAGGCAAAAGGGUUCUGGAUCAAAAAGUAGCCAAGCUUGCUGUACCAGGAGAGUCUUCUCAUAUGCCUCCUGUGACAGCGAGACAUGCUCGGCAUGGUAGCUCCUCCACAGCUCACGAGUCUUCCCUGGUAGAUGUGCUACACAAUGCGGCUGGCUUAUCUUAUUUCAUGGAGUUCAUGGACCGUCAAAAUUUAAUGCCCUUGGUUCAGUUCUGGAUAGUGGUUGAUGGAUUUCGAAAUCCGCUGGAAGAUGACUUUGGAGACGAGACAGAGUUAGCCUCGGUAACAUGGACGACGGCCGAUAGGAAUGAUUUAGCGCUUCUUAGUGAAACGUAUCUCACUAAGCCAGAGCUCAAUGUCUCCGACGAAUCGCGUCGAGUAGUGAAGGCAUUUCUAAGUGCAGGAAAGCGAGCAACUCCAGAGCAGUACCGCAAGGCUCGGACUGUGGUCUUGACCACCCAGUCAGCUGUGUUGGAACAUAUGAAGAAUGCUUACUAUCCCAAGUUCAAGGAAUCAGACUUGUACUGGAAAUAUCUUGCGUCGGAUGAGGCUUCGGGCGCUCAACAGCCGCCGGCCCCUCCAUCUCCGCCAGCAGCCACUCUUGAGCCUCGAGAGAGGCGACCUCUCCCUCCUAUUACAGCUCGCACGAUCUCACAGCCGGCUAGCAAGCCGGCUAAGGACCUUCGUAGGGCUGCUGUUUCAUCAAGUGAUGUGCGAAGCAUGGGCAAGCUCUUUGACGAUGAAGAUUCACCACGACGAUCCAUAGAUUCGGAACGGUCGGCACCUCUUUUCGACGACGAUUAUGAUACCGAUCAGCUUGCCAUGUCCACCAACAGUCUAGGAAAGGACUCACAGAAUGGCGACAACGAUGCAAGCCAAAAUCAUGUGCUCGAAACCAUGGAGGCCGCUCUCAAUGACAUUAUCAUCAACGAGCCCAAUAAUCCAAGAGUGGAGGACCUCAAGGGCAGUGAUCUCUCCUCAUCUUCUCUUUUUGGCGGAAACCAUGCAGAACCCUCCACGCGGGGCUCAUCUGAAACCCCGCGUGUUGACGGGCGCAUCAAUGAAAAGGCAAAGAAAAGCAUCGCCUCACUGGGUCUCGUUGACCAUGCAUCGCGACUUGGUGUAUUUGACGACGAUCUUUUCCCGGACCAGCAGAAAUUCAUCGAGGAUGAGUAUGAAGAACCAGUGGGCGGGGAAGAUAAGGACCCAGCAGACGAAGUCCAUGAAGCUGCUCCUGGCGAUCUUGGACUUACCGAAGCGAUUGAGGUCUUGACGACCGAAAUCGACAAACUGACCGCGCAAGAUUCCGUGGUCGAGGCGUUGACCCGAAAGGCCGAACUCACGAAUAACACGGCUGAAUUGAGAAUUCUGCGCAAGUCCAAAGCUAGCAUUGAACGUGAAGUCCACCGCAAAGAGAUGCAGCGGCAGCAGUAUAUUAUCCAAGAAAGUGAUAACAGUCUCUACGGCCGGUCUACAGUCCGCAUCAAAUCCAUCAUGGUGGGCAAGGAGGAGGAUGGCCGGGAAUUCGCCAUGUACGUUAUCGAAGUCCAACGAAAUGCCGGUGAGCAGAUGCCUGCCGCAUCCUGGGCGGUUCCUCGUCGCUAUAGUGAAUUUCACGAACUUCAUCAGAAGCUGCGCAUGAACUAUCCCUCAGUGCGACACCUGGAAUUCCCUCGGCGACGUGUGGUCAUGAAGCUCCAAAAGGAAUUUCUUCAAAAAAGGCGCCAAGCUCUAGAGGGAUAUCUUCAAAAGUUGCUUCAUCUACCCGAGGUAUGCCGUAGUCGUGACUUGCGAGCCUUUCUCUCUCAAAGAGCAAUAUUACCGAGGGAAGACUCCCGCAGUAGCGAGGGUGAUACUAAGGACCUUGUCACGCGGAUCUACAAUUCCGUCGCUGAUGGAAUGGAUGAUUUCCUUGGCAACUUUGGCGUCCUCGAUCAAUUAUCCACGGCCGGCCAGAAUCUCAUUUCGGCCGCGACGAACCAGGUGAACAUCAACGCCAGCACCGCCAACGAUCCCGCCCUCGCCACUGAAGAUGCUGUCACCACCGCCGAGGCUGAAGCGGAGCUGAACGCAUUUGAGGAUCGUGAACUCGAGCCCUUUAUCAAACCCAUCUGCGAUCUCUUCCUCGAAGCCUUUGAGUUGAACCGCGGAAACAACUGGCUGCGCGGUCGCGCCGUUGUGGUCGUGCUGCAUCAGCUGCUUGGUGGUACGAUCGAGCGCAAGGUCCGGGACAGUGCCCGUUCCUUGUUCCAGGACGACUCCAUGAUGCGAUACCUUGCUAUCGCUCGCGAUUCCCUCUGGCCCGGUGGUGUCUUGCGCAAAUUCCUGCCGCGAUCCAUGGCCGAUCGGCACAAAAGCCGCACGGAGGCCACCGUCGUCCUGGCGACUCUCAUCCCCGAUCUGGCAGCCAAUGUUGUCGGUCGCGCCAAUGCUCAAGCUGCUUCGCGCCGUCUCUUCGCUACCUUGAAUAAUAAACCUCUCAACACCCACCUGGCCUUCACUCUCCUCGACGAGAUUGUCCUUGCCCUCUUCGGCAAUCGGGAGCCCAGUCGUCUCCGCUAA